AUGCUAAUGUAUGCUGACGACACUGUCUUAUUCUAUUCUGGAAAGGUUCCUGCUACGAUCGAGAAAAGUCUCAAUGAAGAUCUUGAUCUAAUUGGAUCGUGGCUCUAUAAUGAUAGCUUUUUCUUAGACGCGGUUAAGACUGAAGCUAUGUUGUUCAGAACUCACGCUAGGGUUUCUGACGCAGAUUUUGGUAUAACGUUUAAGGGCCGACCUUGCCUAGUCCCUGUACGGCUUCUCUCCAGGCCCUCUCGGUCAAUGCAUUUCGGUGACGUAUCCGAGACGAACGGCCGGGAGACGCCUAGACAAUCUCGGAGUGCGCAUGCGUGA